UAGUGUUGGUUAUUGUCAAAUUUUGAAAGGCUCGCCAAUUGAAUGUCAAAUAUCAAAAUAUCUCUAAACAGAGAAAUCAGAUCAAGGCCAGUCAAAUAUCAAAAUCUCUCACCAAUCUGAACGAGACAAACGCGCACUUCCGCAACGUUGCCAUUUCUGAACUACCGCAACCAUGCUUAGGUGCAGCGAGGUUGCCGCAACGUGAGCUCGCGCAGCUUGCAACGCUAUUUCCAUGGCCGUGAACGCCGUCGCGCGGCGCGGCGGCGGUCUGCACGGUCGCACGCCCGCUUCAGCGCUGUUCACGGCCGCCACACAUGCGACGCCUCAACACAUCUCCCACUACCUGGCGCACCAGCCGCGGGCGACAUGGGAGGCGCUCUCCGCCGCCUUCCCUGCCGGCGCGGUGUCCCACGGCCACGUCGAUGCCGUUCUCCUCUCCCUCGCCAGGCACCCCCACGCCUCCCCCGAGCCCGUCGCCAAGAAUGCCCUCACCUUCUUCCACUGGUCCGCCGCCGCAGCCUCCUCUUCCUCGCACUCGCUCCGGUCCUACUGCCUCCUCGUCCACCUCCUCUCCCGCGCCGCGCUCUUCCGCAACGCCUCCGUCCUCCUCGAGUCAGCCAUCUCCAGGCACUCGUCGUCUUCGGCCCCCGCCUCGUGCUUCAUCGACACCUUCUUCGCCGCCUACGAGGACAGCGGCACGGCCGCCACGACCCGCGGCUUACACCUCCUGGUUCAUGCCUACGCGCGGCUGCGCCUCCCGGCGGAGGCCCUCGAGGCCUGUCGCUACCUCGCGCGGCGCGGCGUGCUGCCCUCACUCUCCGCCUUCAACGCCGCGCUGCACGCGGCGCAGCGCGCUGGGUCGUUCGGUGUCGCAUGGGAAGUGUUCGAGCUUAUGACGCUGAAGCGACUGUAUGCCAACAAGAGCACCGUCGAGCUUGUCAUUGGCGUCCUGAGCCGGGAAGGCAAGCUCGCCAGGACCGCGGCGCUCGUGGAGAGGAUCCAUGGUAAGAAGUGUGCGCCUGGCAUUGUGGCGCACGUCGCACUCACGUUGAGGAUGAUCGAGGAAGAGAGGGUGGAGCAGGUGAUAUUGCUGCUGAAGAGGAUGCUGCAGAGGAACAUUCUCCUCGACGACAUUGCUCACUCACUGAUGGUGCAUGCCUACUGCCGCAUUGGUGAUCUCAUGUCAGCACUCGAGCAAUGCGAUGACAUGGUUCGUCGUGGUCGUCGUCUGAAUGCAUUCGUGUACACUUGCCUCAUCAGAGUGCAUUGCUGCGAAGGGUGUAUGGACAAGGCUGCUCAGUUGCACCAAGAAAUGUUAUCCAUGGGAGCAAAACCGUAUGAUGCUACGUACAAUCAUCUCAUUGCUGGUUGUUUCAGACAAGGGAUGAUAAAGGAAGGCCUGGCCUAUUUUGACAACAUGCAUGAGGAAGGUUUUGUGCUGGACAUUGGCAGCUGCAAUGAGAUGUUAGAGGGACUCUGCAAUGCAGGAGAGGUUCACAGGGCAAACAAUGUGCUGACGGCAAUGAUGGACAAAGGACUUCUUCCUGAUCAGGAUACAUACUUGAGCCUUAUUAAUGGAUAUGGCAAGGUUGGCAAUAACCAAGGUAUUGUCAACCUCUACCAUGAGAUGGAGCACAGAGGGCUUGAUCCUGGUGUUGAGGUUUUUACGACCUUGAUCAAGGGCCUUUGCCAGUGUGGAAAUUUGAAGGAAGCUGAAAAGUUUUUUAUCAUGAUGAAGAAGAAAACAGUGGCCCCGACUAGCGACUUGUAUGAUAUGCUUAUCAGCGGUUACUGUGAGAAGCGCAAUGCUAAGAGGGCACUUUGGUUGUAUGAUAUGAUGGUGGCAGAGAAUGAGAGGCUUGUCCCCUCUGCUGAAACUUUUAUGAUGCUGGUCAGGAGAGUCAUCAAAGUAAAGAAUGUGUGUUCCCCUGAUAGCUGACCAUAUAAUUAGAUACUGGAGGCUGGAGGAGAACUGACGGGCUUGUAAAGGUUAAAAGGGAUAGAAGAAAAAGAUUUUAAAGCUCCCAAGACACAAAUCUGCUACCUGGAAGGCUGGAGCACCACCUUCACUACGAUUGCACUAUCACGAGCGUAUGGGACAUAAAUGCAGGCCACUGUAUGUGGUCUAUGUCAAGCACAGAUUGGAUCUCAUCUGUCAGGUCACCAAAUAUUGUUUAAGGCAGCAGUUUGUUGUGGAUAGCUAAAAAUAAGAUAAUGUUGAGAAUAAUAAAGGAUUUUUAGUAUUACUUGAUCACAUGCAUGUCUGUCCUAUUUGGAAUUCUAGAUCCCAUUUACCAGCUAUGAUUUGCCUGCAUCUAUUGCCGCUAUCGUCUUCUACGACUUUACUUCACUGCUGGCUUCCAAAGUGUUGAGUUCCUUUUUUAUUAUGUUCAGUUAGCUGGGGUUGUCAAGUGGAGGGACCCCUCCCUCUCUGUUCUUGCUUUUCGUUUGUGUUAGGGACUUCGUUGGUAAUCUAUGGAUUAUUUGUGAA